GUUAAAAACAAAACAACGUGGUGCGAUUUGAAGACAAGUUUUCGAGGAUUUCGCGUGUUUUUUGUAAAAAAUCUUGUGUUGAUAAGGUACAAGUUACCUAAAAGUACAUUAAAAUGUCCAGCGACAGCGAUUCCGACAUGGAAACGGCGCCUCCGCCGAAGCAGGAACCGAAAAAACGCAAACGACUGCAGGACUAUUUGGACGAGAAAGCCGCUCGUGAUGCGGCGGAACGUGCCGAGGAGGAACUGCGUCGUCGCCGCAAACGCGGCCUCAAGGAUGACGAUGAGGGCGCCGAGGAGGUCAGCUAUCCGGUGAUCAAUCCGAUAAAUUUCAUCAAGAACAAGGAAAUCCGAUCAAAAAAGUUCAAACGCCAGCAAGGAUCGAAGAAGAAGGAGGAAAAGAAGGCCCGUAAAGCGCGGAAGUUGGAGGGCGGACCGAGGCCUAACGGUCACACUAUUGAAAGCUUGCGGGAGAAAGAUGAAACGGCGCUGGCCAACGCGGCCGAGGAGGACACCGAGGAAAUCGCGAAUGAUUUGGAGAACGACGAGUUCAACGAAUAUUACGCCAAGUCGUACGAACCGAAGGUGUUGAUCACGUACAACGCUACGCCACACACCCGGACGCGCCGAUUCGGAUCGGAGCUCGAACGCAUUCUGCCCAAUUCGAUGGUCCACUCGCGAAACAAGGCCACCCUGAAGAAGGUCUGCCAGAGUGCGAUCCGCGAGGAAUUCACCGAUUUGGUCGUAAUCAACGAAAACAACAAACAACCCGAGGGCAUGCUGGUGAUUCACCUUCCGGAUGGACCAACGGCCCACUUCAAGAUCAGCAACUACAAGUCGCUGCACGACAUGAAGAAGCGCCGCGGUAUGAUCACCAGCCACCGGCCGGAAGUCAUCCUGACCAACUUUACCACCCGGCUGGGUCUAACCAUUGGGCGAAUGCUCGGGGCGUUGUUCCACUACGAUCCGGAGUUCAAGGGACGGCGGGUGGCGACGUUCCACAACCAGCGCGAUUACAUCUUCUUCCGGCACCAUUUGUACGAGUUUGACAAGAACGGAAAGCGCGUAAAACUGCGCGAGCUGGGACCGAGGUUCACGCUGAAGUUGCGCUCCCUCCAGACCGGACUGUUCGACAGCAAGUGCGGCGACUACGAGUGGAUGAUCACCAACAAGCGGCACCUGAUGGAGAGCAGAAGGCGGUUCUUCCUGUAGGGAGAGAGGGGAAGUCGGACUGCGGGGGUGAUUUUGUGAGAGCCUUAUCUUUUUCUUUGGAAUAUUAUAAUCAUGUAAGUAA